AAAAACUGACAGAACACAAGUGGUGCUUUAUCCACCCUGUCCCGCUCUGGGUAAGAGGAAACCCUAAAGUGCUCAGGCUCAACCAGCUUUACCCUUUUCUUUCUCUGCCUUUUCACUCACACCCGUCGGACGUGUGCAAGCUCAGGACAAGAAUGGCAGCAUCAUCUGCACAGAGAACAAGCGGGCCCUGCAAAAUGUUGGCUUUUGCCUUGCUCCUCAUCGCCUCACUAAAUGCAGGAGUCAUGGCAGAGGAUGGGGAAAUUGAAGCAGCAACGGCGCCAAAUUUGAAUGCACGAGGAGACAUGAUUGAACGAACAACUAAAGUUCCUGAUACAGACGAUCCACAAGUCGCUGUUUUUCCUUCUGUGGGACUUCUAAAUGAACAGACUACUACAGCAGCAGAAGCAGCAGCUACUGAAAAGGAAGGAGACAAUAGCGGCCCUGCAACUGAGGCAACUGAGUUCACAGUUAAAGUGCUUACUGAUAUACCAAAAAACGUGGAAGCAGAGACCCCAGCACCAAUGCCUGCCAGAGGCGACGGGCCACAAAACAACAUACCAAAGGUACCAAAGCCAGUGCCACAGGAUGAUGUUGUCUGUGUCAGCAAAGAGGCGGUCCAGGACAAAAACGCUGUCAAUCUAAAACUCAAGGCCUCCUCCAACUGUGAAGAAACUAAAGUGAAGCUUGAAAGUGUUCUGCAGGAGCUGUGUGGUGAAGACUGUAAACUGGAGAUCUUCCAGGAGGACAACUCUGACGAAAUUCUUGUUUCUGGGAAAUAUGUUGAAGCUGAUGUUUCCGGCAUGGCUAACAAGUUCAACAAUGACAACAUCAAGGAUAAGACCGAUGUGGAGGAGGCUGUCCCUCGUUUUGGGAAGAACUCUAAGUUAGUGCUGGUUUCCUUGCUGCUAGCGGGCCUGCUGCUGGCUGCACUGCUGGUAGCUGGUUAUUACCUCAAGACUCACCGCAAGAACUCCAAAGGAGUCAGACUGGCCGAAUCUUUCCAGGUGGAUGAGGAGAACCAGGCUAAUACCCUGGUGUCUGUGGCUCCCCUGCCACAGGAGCCCCUCGAUAAACCGACCGCCAAUGGUGAGUCUUCACCAGAAAAUGGGACCAACCCUGCUCCCACCACUAACGGACACUCUGCCACCCAAACCCCUGUGGCUGACACGGAGAUGUGAAGUGUGACACCCCUGAUCUCCUGUUCUAGCCAUCACCUACUGGGACACACUACCCACAAGCCCCUCUGCUGCCUCAAAGACUGUCCAUACACUGAGACAAAUUCAACAUGAAUCCACCAAAUACAUUCACCUCCCGCUCUUCUUCUCCUCAACCUGCACCUCUAAGGACAAUGAUGACAAUGACAAUGAUGCUCACGACUAUGUUGAAGAUAAUGACAAUGCCUGUAAUGUGAAAAGUUUGGGAUCACUGGCCUUUGCUGGUGUCAAGAGGAGCCUACAGUACAUACGCUGUAAUUGGAACUGAGGCUGCUCAGCAGGGCACUAACUGGGAUUUGUUAGCUGCCCUGUUCAGUCCAGUUGUAACAAUAGUUGUAAAAUCACCAAAUAAUGCCAAAUAUUUGCUGUUGAUGUCAGAUGAAGAAGCAGAGAAUGCUCCAUUAUUUCAAACCACAAAUUGUGGUGUAAUGAAACCAAUGAAGCCAGGCAGUUGAAAAGUGACCAGUUUUUGUACUGUUGUAAAAAAAGGACUGACGCUCACUGCUUGAAUGUUUGUUUUUGUAGCUUCUCUAUUUGCCUUAACCUUAAGACCCGUUAAGUGUGAGACAGGCAAAGAAGAAGGAAAUUAAAUCAUCAAGUUUGAAUUCAAUGAAAGUUGGCUUUAUUAUCUCACUAAACCUUGAUAAAUACUGACCUUUGGUCAAAGUUUGACUGGGUUUAGUUGCAAAGUGCAUUUCUAUUUUUGUGGUUGUGUGGUGAGUUUUGUGACAUAAGUGUACACUUUUUUUUUAUAACAAAUGCUAAUUUCCCCUACUCUCACUACUGUCUUUGGGAAUGGUAGAGUGCAGCAGUAUUUUAAAUUCAGACAAAAAGGAAAAAUGCAGAAAACUGACACAAACACAAAACUGGGAGUUUUCAUGUUGGGCUGGUACAGAAAUCACUGCCAUAAAAUUCCAACACAACAUACAGCAGGUUCAGCAUUCCCAAGACGGCCUUUAUCUCGUUGUUGAUAUAAAACAUUUUUUACAUCAGUGGUAUACAUUUCUUAGCUUCUCUUUUGAAAAAACUGGUUUCUUUCAUUAUGUGCUGCAUGUGUAAGUAAACCUGCUUUCUCUGUUAGUAAUAACUGUGUCUAACUCAUAAACUGUGAUUGUUGACAAUA